GAUGUCCAGUUUGAAGAAAAUGUGUCCAAUCCGAGAGUUGUGGAAGAGUUUGAAGAAAUGGGCUUCAGAGGGGAAUGCAGUGAUGAUGGUGGAGGGACAGAUGAGCUUGAGAGUUUGAAUGGUUCUGGAAGUGAAGAAGAUGAAGAAGGUAAUCCACUUCCCUUCCCCACUUGGAGAGGAAUUAAGUUGAAGUCUUGGAAUAGAAGGGUAGAUUUGAAGAACCCAAAGUUUGUGGUUGGCCAUAUUUUUGCAAACUCUGAGGUACUUAAGGAAGCAGUUAGAGAGUGUGGGUUGGUAACCAGAAGAGGAUUGUGGUUUCAAAAGAAUAGCAGAAACAAGAUUGAGGUUAAAUGUCAGUUGGGCUGCCCAUUUUGGUUGUAUGCUAGCAAUAUUACAGAACUUGGUCCAAGCACUCUUGUCAUCAAGACAUUGAAACCUGAGCAUAAGUGUGCAAGCCUUACAGAGAGUCAUCAUCUAAAAUACCACAGAAUAGCGAAGGAAGUACAAGAAGACUUGUUGGUGGAUGAGGAGUGGUCCAGGAAGGGGAUGCAGAACCAUAUCCAAAAGAAAUUCAAUAUUGAUGUAAGCAUGCAAAAAAUUGCAAGAGGGAGAGCAAAGGCCAAAAGGAUGAAUGAUGGGCAUUACAUACAGCAGUACAAUAUGUUGGCAAGUUACAAGAAGGAGUUGCUGAGGAGCAACCCAGGGUCUACAGUUCAGAUCAAGACAGAGAUGGUAGGUGAGGUGAAGAGGUUUCAUAGGCUCUAUAUCUGCCUGGCAGCUUGCAAGAAAGGGUGGAUUGAGGGUUGUAGACCUUUGAUUGGAUUAGAUGGCUGCCAUAUUAAAGGUCAGCACCCUGGUCAACUACAUAGUGCUGUUGGUGUUGAUGGGAACAAUGGUAUGUUCCCCAUUGCUUGGGCAAUUACUGAAGUUGAAAACAGAGACACUUGGAGAUGGUUUUUGGAGUACUUGGCUUGGGAUCUGAAGAUGGAAAGGCCUUCAUCUUACACAUUUAUCACAGACAAGCAAAAAGGUUUGGGGAUGGCCAUAGCUGAAUUAUUUCCUGGGGCAGAACAUAGACACUGUGUCCGGCACCUAUACAACAACUUUAAGGCCAAGCAUCCGGGUGAAGGGCUGAAGCAACUAGUGUGGGAUGCAGCUAGAUCAAGCACCAGGGUUUGGUUCAAUAAACACAUGGAUGAGAUGAAGGGAUUGGAUGAUGUGGCAUGGACUUGGUUUCAGGAUAAGUCUCCAGAACAAUGGAGUAGGGCUUAUUUUAAGGAUGAUUCAAGGUGUGACCUUUUGUUGAACGAUCUUUGUGAGUCAUUCAAUGCAGCAAUCCUGCCAGCUAGGGACAAGCCUAUUAUAACAAUGUUGGAGAAGAUAAGGAUGGAUAUGAUGGUAAGGAUGGCAAACAGAAGAGUGGCAGCUCAAAGAUGGACUGAUAUGGUUGGUCCAAGGAUUAGGAAGAUAUUAGAGAAGGUGGCAGAAAGGAGCAGUUGUUAUAGAGCUUAUCACUCUGGUGAAUUUGAGUUCCAAAUAACUGGAGGGGGAGAAAAAGGCAGCAAGCAUGCAGUGGACCUAAGGCUUCACAUUUGCACAUGUAGGAGGUGGCAGAUAAGUGGAAUACCUUGUGUCCAUGCCAUUUGUGCCAUCAGAAGCAAAAAGGCAGACCUUGCUCUUUUUUGCGAUGAUUACUUGAUGCCAAGUACUUAUAUGGAAUCCUAUAAUCCCAUUAUUCAUCCUAUUGCUGGUGAGGAUGAUUGGGACCAAGUGGACUACCCUAUAGCACCUCCCCCAUAUAAGAAGCAAGCCGGCAGACCAAAAAUGAAGAGAACCAAGGAGUCUGAUGAGAAGAAGCAGCCUCCACCAGCCCCAAUUGAUAAAUCAAAGAUGCCAAGAACCUACACAAAGAUGACAUGCCAAGUCUGCUUCAAACAAGGCCAUAACAGGUUGGGUUGCCCAAUCACAAAGGCCAAAAAAGCAGCUGCUGCACAACAAGGAGGGGAAGGGAGUUCUAUUGCACCCCAGCAAACUAAAAAGAGACAAAGGCAGCAGGCGCCAAAAGUUCAAGGUUCAAAUGGCAAUGGCACCUUGAAGGAACAAAUCAUCAAGUCUAGGAAGGCUUGGAAGAAGAUGAAGACCAUGGAGGGAAACCAAGCUGCCAAUACAAGGGCUUCUAGUUCACAAACCAUCCAUGAACCUCCAACUCAAACUAGCCAAAACCCUGCAGCAAGAAAGGCGCAGCAGAAAACCCAACCUGAAUCGGAAUAUGCAGCACUUUGAGGCAAGUUGUGACGA